CCUAUUAUUAUUGUGAGAAUAAUUUCACUUGUGAAAAUGGCGGCGAGUCAGGGAGGUGUAGCUCCUGCUGCGGCCGUUCAGAGCCAGCAUCAGCAUUACCCGAACGUCGCUCACUGGAACCCUGGCGUAAUGCAACAGCAGCAGCACCCGCUGCACACCGCCCGCAGUCUGGAGCGCGCUCUGGAGGAUGCCGUCUGCUCCGGGAUGCUCAACGUCAGCGGCAGAAAACUGCGCGAGUACCCGGGGCUCAACUACGAUCUGACCGAUACUACACAAGCAGACUUGUCAAGAAAUCGUUUCUGUGAAAUCCCUCCAGAAGUUUGUAUGUUCGCACCACUGGAGUCAUUACACCUCUAUCACAACUGCAUAAAGGUCAUUCCAGAGAGCAUUAUUAACCUACAUAUGCUCACCUACCUAAACAUAAGUCGAAAUCAGUUGUCUGUUCUCCCAAAGUAUCUCUUCAAUCUUCCUUUGAAAGUGCUGGUGGUCAGUAACAACAAACUCCUGUCUGUUCCUGAGGAGAUCGGCAAGGCCAAAGACCUGAUGGAACUGGACAUUAGCUGUAAUGAGAUCCAAGUGCUUCCUGCUCAGAUAGGGAAACUCCUCGCUUUACGAGAGCUCAACAUACGAAGGAACUGCCUUCAAGUGCUACCAGAUGAGUUGUCCGAUCUGCCGUUGAUCAGGUUGGAUUUCUCUUGUAAUAAAAUCACUGAAAUCCCUCUGUCUUACCGCAAACUCAAACAGUUACAGCACAUCAUUCUUGACAACAAUCCCAUGCAAUCUCCACCAGCACAGAUCUGUCUAAAAGGAAAGAUUCACAUCUUUAAGUAUUUAAACCUGCAGGCAUGUCGCCUCGAUAAGAAACCAGACACACUUGACCUGCCCUCACUGGGAAAACGUUGUUUACCUCAGCAGCUGACAGACAGUAUGGAAGAUUUCUAUCCCAGUAAAAAUCACGGUCCUGACUCGGGUAUUGGCAGCGACAAUGGUGACAAAAGGCUUUCGACUACAGAGCCAUCUGAUGAUGACACUGUUAGUCUACACUCUCAGGUGUCUGAGACAGCGCGGCUAGACGCACACAUACUUCUCACAAAGCUGGAAACAAACAAAGACCAGGAUCCAUACGACUUUAUUGACCCAAAUCCAGAAGAAGAGGCUCUUUCUGAGGGAGAUACCCAGAACAGUACACCCUAUGUGUCAUGUAUAAAGGAGCUUGAACGAGUUCUGAAAACACACCAAAGCAAAGACAAAGAAAACUUGAAAGAGGAGUCUGGCUCAGAGAAGGAGCAGCUAGCUGAGGAAGAUGAGGAUGACCUGAAGGAGGUGUUGGACCUGAGGAAGAUCGCAGUUCAGCUGCUACAGCAGGAGCAGCAGAACAGGAGGCGGUCCUUAAUAUGUAGGGCUGAGAGUCUAAUACACCGUAGAAGAGCAGCGGGGAGAGCUCACAGACCUCUAAAACACUUCUAUGAAACAUCCUUUGAAGUCCUGCUUGCAAAUGUCUCCUGGUCAAUCUGCUUGUGUAACAGAUUUCUCAGCCACUCCAGUAGCAGCACAAAAUCAAGAUCUCCAUCUCAGACUGUUAGAAGUGCAUCUCUAGAUGAGGGAAGCAGCUCCGCGUCUGCUCUCAGUGGACAGCCUUCUUCCUCUUGCUCAUUUGAUGGGAGUUUAAAAUCGGAAAGCAGCGACCCUGAACCAAGAUGGCCGGAGAUUCCUCCUGUGCUCAACCAGAAUGAGGACCGCAGAAGAAACAAAUAUUUGAGGAAGGACUACCUGAAGUAUAAGUGCCAAAGUGCUCGUAGAAACUCAAGUGGACACGACAAUGAUUGUGAGGAGGGAAUGCUUUCUAAUGAUUUCACUACAACACUCACUGUCUUUGGCCUGAAACCUAGAACAGCCUUCUCACGUGGAAAUCGACAAGACUUCAGCUCCACAGACCCUAGCUUCACUAUGAGGAGAAAGAUGGAGCACAUCAAAGAAGAGAUGGAGCAGAUCCGACUCCUGCGGCAGAACCUUGAGUCCAGGUUAAAGGUUUUGCUGCCAGAUGAUGUGGGUGCUGCUUUAAUGGAUGGUGUUGUUUUAUGCCAUCUGGCCAAUCACAUUCGUCCUCGUUCUGUUGCCAGCAUUCACGUGCCGUCCCCUGCAGUGCCAAAGCUGACUAUGGCCAAGUGUCGGCGGAAUGUUGAGAAUUUCCUGGAUGCGUGCAAAAAGCUUGGAGUACCACAGGACAAAUUGUGCUUGCCCCAUCAUAUCUUGGAGGAGCGAGGUCUAGUCAAGGUUGGCGUCACUGUACAGGCAUUGCUGGAUCUUCCAUCAUCAAAACCCAACCAGCUAUCUACCAUGUAGCAUUACUGUACCAUGGAUGACUUCUAGCAUCCCUUUACCCUCAUCCUCCCUCUACCCCCAGAUAACAUCUUAAUGCUGAUCUGUGACCACCCCAGUCAUGACCCUUCACCCUAACUCAGCUAUGGUGAACAGGUCAGCUUCCCCCUACCUCUUAUAACCCCCUAUGGAGGGGUCUAGACAUUUUUAAGCUUAUUCAAAUAUCACACCCUGUUGGAGGAAAUUGUAAGUUUAUUCACACAUUUCAUUCGGAGAGGAUGUAGACGACAGACCAAAAAGAAACUGCCCUACAGACACCAGACUACAAUAAUACAGCUCUAGACUGAACGUGGAUAUCUGGAUGCAAGCGAAAUAUCUGCUGCUGUUCUGUGACUGACUGUGUUGCCUCUCGAAAUCUCUUUUGUACAGUAUCUCGAUCACAUUCUUUCUUCUCUUGCACCGGUGAGCCCAGAGGGCGAGGGCAGGAGAAGAGCAGACAGCUUUCUGGCUGAUUAUGGAUUACAGGAAGGGUGUUGCAUAAAGUCAUCUGACCAAAUCUCCAGCAUGAAGUCACAAAGAGCUGUCAAUCAACUCCACCCAAAGCCAUGUAACAUUUCAUCACCUUGUCAUAUUGUGGGUAAAACUAAAGGCAGAGACACGCUGUAAUGUGCAUGUAAUCGUAUGCCGACACAAAGGACAUCCAUGGACAAAAAGUCUAUCUUGAUGUGUCAGAAACACUCUGCUGUGCCUGCAACUGGUAAGGUGACUUAUAAUUUUGUGGCAACAGCCAGUGUUCAUUACUGUCUGCAGGUCUGAGCAGAUGUGUUGGAACAAAGUAAACUCUCAAGCCCAUACAAGACAAAGGCUCAUCUCUGUGUUAGUUCACGUAUGGUGCCAGUGUUUUCUUUUCAUUAGUGUUUUCAAUUACAUUUUUUCGUGUGGGAGUUUUCAAUAUUUCCAGUUUCAUUAACAGAUUAACAGCGAGUACUUGCCUCAGCAAGUGUUUUUGCUCUUGUGCUUUUAUAGACCACUUUGCAAGAUGAAAACACUGGUCCAGAAGCAUCUUCGGUUUCAUUUUUAUUUAUUAGGGACCAGGCCACUAGGGGCACACUCCUGAUGUCAUAGUGUAACCCCUUCAUUGCUCUAACCCUUAAAACUAGACUGCCAGAGGGUUACUGUAAAUGCAUAUGCCUGCUGUGCACCGUUUUCCUGAUGCCACCCGGGUGGCAGUUGCGUUGAAGGCUUGGGCCUGUCAUCGCUGCUUUGCAGCUAUAUUUUUAAAUCUUACAUACUGUAUGUAAUUAAAUCUUAAAUUUAUUUGUUUAACAUUUUUAUUUGGUUAUAAAUGUUCUGUUGGUUGUAUUUUGUUCUAUUGUUUUUGUAGUGUUAAAAAACUGAAACAAGUUCUUCUGGACCAGCUUUGGACCAGCACUGUGUUUGCCGUCCCAAGUGGUCUAUACUGUAUACUGUGACAGAAAAUUGUUAGUGACGCAAAGUUCACUUGUAUUCCUUAAUGACCAGUCUCGGCACUAAAAACAGGACAAUUAGAAAUCCUUGUAAAACACUUUGCACUUUAUUUUUCAGUUAAACACCUUUAAAACCCCACAGACUCGUUUUUCAAAUGUGGUUUGUAAUCAGUUUUGUUUGACACUGUGAAAGAUCUGUUACAAGAGCAACAACUUAACUUUAAUUUAAUUAUUGUACAAAUCAUUUCCAUUAGUUUCAUCUGGAAAAUGUUUUUAUUUAUUUACUUUAAAUGUAUGUUUUGUUUGUUUUUAUUUAUGAGUUUAAGUGCGUUUUAUGAGCCUCAGACAUGACAGUGACUAUAGUUUUCAAGCAUGAAAUCUGGAGGAACCAUCAUAUCAGGUUUUAGCUGUUUUGCAGUCCUCUUUUUCAGGUCACUGAUAAACUACACACAGUGUUGUCCUACUUUUUUAAUCGUCUUUCCCAUAGUAUGCAUGUCUACAUUGAAGUAGUGUUUAGUUGCACUUUAUUUUACAGUACGUGUACCUAUAGUGUACUUGCAGUGUACUUACCUAAGAAGGUACUGGGUAAUAUAAGGUAACUACAAGGUAUAAGUUUAGGUUUAGGGGUAGGUUCAGGGUUAGUACCUAGUUAUUACCCAGUUAUAUUUUUACUGUAAUAAGUACACAGAAUGUACAUGGGAAACAGGACUGUAAAAUAAAAUGCUACCGGUGUUUUGGUACGCUAACCGCUUAGAAACAAUUCCACUAAAGUGUUGCGUUAUUUAUGCACACAGUAUUUUAGUGCAAAAACUUAUUCACUUACCACCCACAAUCAAGUUUAAACAGGCACUACAUGUGCUAAAGGCUGCUGUGCUACAAGCAUUUGAAGUAAUUGGCCUUCCUUUUUGCUGUAAACUUUUAAUUUGAGUUUAUAAUAUAUUGCACCACCAUAAAUCUUAGCACUGUUUGCCAGAAGCAAUUAAAGGUCCAGUGUGUAAUUUUCCGGAGGUGUAUAAAGAGCUUACACAAUGAAGCGUUAUGUUUUUAUUACCUUAGAAUGAGCUAUUUCUAUCUACAUACACCGCAGGGGUCUCCUCGCAUAUAAUUCGCCAUGUUCUGUCAGCCAUCGUAGUGUUUCGAACGGGAGGGGUGGAGUGAGCCGUUGGUUGCAAAUUCACAACCUUGCCGCUAGAUUUCACUGACUGGACCUUUAAAGCUAGUACAAUGUUUUCUUUUAUCCCAUGCAGAGUUAACAUCUGGUAGGUUGAAAUUGGUUUAGGAACCAGACACAACAUUGGUUCAACAAGUGGUGUUAGUUUAGGGCGGACUGUUUGUUUGGCUCGCCACUGGCAGCAGGAGAGUGUUUGGGAUUAUUAAUGGUGUUUGCAAAGCAACUGCCUACAAAGCGACCACCCAGAACACCUUAGCAGCUCCUUAGAAAUUAAUCAGAAUAUUAGGGAAAUGGGACAUCUUUGGGCCAGUGAAUUAGGGACUUUGUUGAGACAUUGUGGCUGUAAGUUUUGCCACAGCAAGCACCACUUGCAUUUUUUUUUUUUAGAUAAUUUUACAAUCAACUUAUUUCUGCAGUUUUGUAAAGUUGAAAAUGGCACACUUAAGCUGUAAGUGUUAACGUAAGCAUAGAUGCACCUAGUCACCUAGAGAUGCACCGAUACUAAAUUUCUCCACCGAUAACUGAUUAUUCAGAGCAAUAUCUGCCAACACCGAUAGUUUGAUGUUUAUAUUAACUUUAACUAAAUUUUGAUGGUUAAAUUCAUAUUUCUUAACUUUCUGAAUGUUAACAAUUCAUAAAAUGUCUAGUAAUAUUGAACAUCAAAAUGUUUUUCUAUAUACAGAGCACAUUUUCUCUCUAAAUAUAUCUAUUCACUGCAUUUUCCUGGCCUCUUUUGAUUGACAGGAUUUAUCGGCCCUGAUCAUCGGAUCAACAGUCAAUAGCCCACAGUGUGAAAAAUUGCUUUUAUCAACCAAUAACGUUAAUUGGCUAAUAUAUCGGUGCAUUUCUAGUAACACCUUAUUUUAUGAUGCCCUUGUCACACAUUACAUGCAUUUACUGUAGUAUUUACUGUAAAUUGCAUAUAAAAUGCAAAACUACAUGUAAUUAAUAAACCUAACCCUAUAGUUGUACAUUUUUUGUACUCAUUACUUAAAUGCAUUAUUACACUGUAACACAGGCACCUUAAAAUAUAGUGUAACCGGGAAAUCAAGUUAUUAAUAAGAACGUUAUAACGGGGCAGGUGGUCAUUUUAAAGAGCUGAUUUGGGUGUCCGAUUUGCAGGAAUGGAGUGAUGUACUAGUUCCUGUAGCGAUAGCUGUAUUGCAGACGUCCCCUGCAUGCUUCACAAAUGCUCUCAGAAACAACCAUUUGCUUUAGUGAAAUGAAAAUAAUAAUAAAAUAAAAAAACUGAACAAGUAUUUCUACUAUUUUUGAUGCUGUCUUGCUUGAAGAACAGUAGACUUAAUUGUUUGCGCUUGUGCACUUAAAUCUUCAUUGAUUUAUGCGACCUAGAAAGCCACUAGUUUUCUUUGUAAAUGUUUUUUUUUAGAAUCUAAGUUUAUGAGUAAUUGCCCGUCACACUUCACAUAGCAGAGAAGACCUUGGUAUUAUGACAGCAGUUCCUCAGGUUGAUUGCUUUCAGUUGGUUGAUACAGUUCAUAACAAAAUAAACAAAGACAUUAAUGAUAGUUAUCUUUUAGUUUCACUCUCCAUCACAUUCAUUAUGUAAGACAUGUGUAUAAUGCAAAGUACACUAGUGUACAGUAAUACAGCAACUUCGGGUGAUUUGAAGUUAUUUCUACAUCUCUGAUAGCUUUCCGAAUAGCCAUAAAUUUUCACCUAUGCUAUAAACUGCCAUUUUGGACAGUAGCACUCACAAGACUGUCACAUGCCAAAAUGACACAUUAAACCAUGAGUAUACAUUUCACAAAAAAAAUCACGUUUGACCUAACAUACUACAAAACGUAUAAACUGCAUCCUGUGUCCUAUGUUUUGUACUAAUAUAGGCCAUUAAGCAGUAUGUUAUCCCGUGCAUUAGAUGUGAUCAUAUCAGUGACAUAUGACCUGAAAUAAACUGCGAUGAGACAGAAGCUUCAUGACAGAUGAGAAUGUUGUUUUGAUCUCUCCCUAUUUAAUCCCAUUCUGAUAAGAUUUUGGAAUAUCCACGCUCAUCUGCUCUGCAUCACAUUCUUGUGAUGAGAAAUAUUCAGUGUGUAAUAAAGCAAAGUGUGGAUUCAAAUGUAAUGAAUAGGCAGGAGUCCCCUACAAUGCAAGUGUGUGCAUAAAGAUGUUUUGUAUGACACGACUGGAUUGCAUGUCUGGACCACCACCAUUCUUGUACUGUACAUAAUCUCUGUAUAUAUGCAUUUGGAUGUUUCUUAAAAAGAUAAACAAAUAAAAAAUUUCAAAGGUCGAAGUAAGUGAAGUAAGUUUGUUUGACGUUUUAAGUGUCCACUUAAGAAAAAUAAUGGCAUAAAAAGAGUGACAUAUUUGAUUUGUAAAACUGCAAAGUUACAUCAAAUGUGUGAAGUACAAGAUUUGUCUGUUUGUCUAAUAAGCUGCCCACUGUCUGCUAAAUGACUGAU